CUCAUCCACAGAACCUUCUGCAAAGACGAGGCAAAACUUUCAUGCCAGCCAUGGAUCAACUCCUGCGAUAUUCUUUCCGUCUUUUCCUGACCAUGGCAACUUUAAGCAUCAUGGGCCGCCCUAUACAAAUCCACGCAGCUUCCCAUGAGCUCACCAUUUCCAGCUUCGUGGUGCGCUCAGCAAUCGUGUCCCGCUAUGCCUCUACCCAAGUGUGGAUUGUCAUGAGCAACCCCCAUGAUGAAGCAAAGGAAGCAGUCUUUGACUUGGACCUCCCUAGUUCAGCCUUCAUCUCCAACUUCACCAUAAUUGUGAAUGAGAAGGUCUAUGUGGCUGAAGUGAAGGAGAAGCACCAGGCUAAGAAGAUGUAUGAUGAAGCUCGCAGGCAAGGAAAGACAGCAGCUCAUGUUGGCACCAAGGAUCGAGAAACGGAAAAAUUCAGGGUGUCCACCAGCGUGGAGGCUGGGGGCAAAGUAGCCUUUGAGCUAACCUAUGAGGAGCUACUGCAGCGGCAUUUGGGCAAGUAUCAGCAUGCCAUCAACAUCCGGCCCCAGCAAGUGGUGAGAAACCUCAGCGUUGAGGUGAGCAUCUCUGAGCGGACUGGCAUCGACUACGUCCACGUUUUGCCCAUCCGCACAAGCCGACUCUUGACCAACACCCUCCGAGGCGAUGCAGACAUGCCACCCUCUACCCAGGUAGAGAGGGGAACCCACUGCGCUUGGAUUACAUUCAGUCCAACACCCGAAGAACAGGCAGCCUUCUCCAGCUUGGGAAUCAUGGGCGAUUUUGUAGUACAGUAUGACGUGGCCAUGCCGGAUGUUGCAGGGGAUGUACAGAUCUACAAUGGCUACUUUGUUCAUUACUUUGCCCCGAGGGGACUACCUCCAGUUCAGAAGGAUGUGGUGUUUGUUAUUGAUGUCAGCGGCUCCAUGUAUGGCACAAAAAUGAAACAGACCAAGAAGGCCAUGCACGUCAUACUCAGCGACCUCCACCAUGAUGACUAUUUCAACAUCGUUACUUUCUCUGACAUGGUGCAUGUGUGGAAGCCCAGCCAGUCCAUUCAAGCAACACCUCAAAAUAUUCGGAAGGCCAAAGACUAUGUCAGCAAGAUGGAAGCUGAUGGAUGGACUGACAUCAAUGCAGCUCUUCUUGCAGCUGCCUCCGUCUUCAAUCAGAGCUCUCCAAUGGCAGGAAAGGUUAUGAGGGAGCAGAGAAUCCCACUGGUCAUCUUCCUGACCGACGGCGAACCCACCUCUGGGGUAACGGCUGGCAGCCGCAUCCUGUCCAAUGCCCAGAAGGCCCUGAGGGGUACCAUCUCCCUUUUCGGCCUGGCCUUCGGCGAUGAUGCUGACUAUGGGCUCCUGAGACGCCUCUCCUUAGAGAACCGUGGUGUGGCGCGGCGCAUAUACGAGGACGCCGACGCCACUUUGCAGCUCAAGGGUUUCUAUGACGAGAUUGCCAGCCCUCUUCUGUAUGAUGUGGAGCUGGCCUACCUGGACGGGGUGGCCCAGGACCUCACUCGGAACCUCUUCCCCAACUAUUUUGAAGGCUCGGAGCUGGUCGUGGCUGGGCGGGUGAAGCCGGGGGUGUCAGAGCUGCGAGUACGCACCACUGGGCACGGUCAAGAGGGUCCCCUGAGUCUGGAAAAUGACAUUUCAAUCAAUGCCACGAAAACAGCUUCCUUUGGCUGCUCUGGCGACAUCAACAAGAUCGGUCCCUUUGUUCAGAGACUGUGGGCCUACUUCACCAUUCAAGACCUGCUGCAGGCCCGAUUUCGAGCCAACGACACAGCCGCCCGGCGCCUGCUGACGGAAAAGGCCACCAAUCUCUCACUCAAGUACAACUUUGUCACCCCGGUUACCUCCCUGAUCGUGGUGAGGCCAGAGGAGGCCAGAGAGAACGGCCGGCCUACGAAAGCACCUCCUUCUCCUCCCGUGGGAACCAGAGCACCCAAGGUUGCUCCCCAAGCGGUGGGAACGUCUGCUCUGCCAGCGCUUUCUAAGGUGGCCAGAAGCACCCCUGCAGCCGGAGCCACAAAAGCACCCAAAGGAAGCGCAGGGCCAGCUGGUCCUACCGACUCACUGCCUCCACUCGCCGUCUCCAGAAGCACUAAAGCUGUCAGGGCCACCUCUACGCCCACGUCUGCAAUGACCGCUCUCCUCACCGUCCCCUGGACUUCCCCAACACCUAGUGUCCUCGGCCGCACCAAAGUGCCCAAAAGCACACUCGUGCCUGGCCUGACGCCUUCUGUCUCUGUGACUCCUGUUGGGAGCCACGGCUCCAUGAAACCCCCGAGAGCCACAGUGGCCCUUAAGACCACAAAACCACCCCAUUUCAAAACCCACAAGCCCAGCCCCACCCAAGCUGGGAGACUCAAGGUCACAAUUCAGCCUCACUCCUUUAUGGAGACCAGAGGAACAUCUGUUCCCAAGGUGCCGGCCGGGAUCCCGAACACAGUGCCUUCUCCAGCGCACCAACCUGACAAAGCCAAGGUGCCGGAAGGUAACUAUGACAACAGGGAGCAGCCCGAGGCACCAGCCCCUGAGCACCAACUCAACGGGCAGGUGGUUACGCCCAGGGUGGAGCUGGGGAGCACCCCCUGGACAGGUAAGGCGGCUCCCCAAGGUGAAGCAGCCGUGGAGAUGCACACAGACAAGCCACCUCAGAACAGCACGGGGCCUUGGGGCUCAGCAGCUAGGGUCACUUCCCCACUGACUCAGGACAUGGAGGUGGAGGGCCCCAGCAGGAUUCCCAGCACUAUUACCACCACAUCUGCCUCUGACAUCAGUCUCCUCCUUUUGUCGGGCGAGUCUGAGUUGCGCUCAGCCGGUGACCAUGAUGCGGAAUACGUUGAAUCGUUGAACCCACCAGCCGUGUAUAGCUUUGUGACAACCAGGCAGCACCCAGGAAGCCUGGAUUAUGAAGACUUUUCAGAGUUCUUAGAAGAACCAGACAGUGACCCAGACUCUGUGGGAGGUUCCCUCAACACCGGCUUCUUUACUUUCAACUCUUGGGUUGAUGGAGAUCCUCACUUUGUAGUAAGGCUGCCACAUUCGCUGGGCAACCUGUGCUUCACUCUUGAUGGACGGUCAGGAGACACCCUGCGGUUAGUGAGCGACCCUGCCACGGGUGUGUCAGUCAAUGGUCAUCUAAUGGGAGCCCCUUUCAGGCCAGGCCAUGAAGAGCGGCCCCGUACCUACUUUGAUGCCAUCACCAUGGUAGUGGAGCGCCCACACGCCAGCUAUGUCGUCAAUAUCACUCGAGAGGGUAUGGCGCUGCACGGUGAGGAUGUUCUGGUGCUGCCCUUCACCCAGCGGGCAGUAAUCCGCAAGCCCCACCUGGCAAUUUCAAUGUGGGCCAAGGCCAACGUCACUGUGAGGAUUGGGACCGAGGUGGAGUUCUUGGUUUUGUUACACUGCUACAGCCAUCCCACGGCUCUCCAGUUGGACCACCUCGGCUUCUAUGUGGUAAAUGGGAAGGGUCUGUCAGCUUCAGCACAUGGCUUGCUAGGACAGUUCCAGAAUGCCAACGUCCGGCUUUCCCCAGGCCCAGCUGAAGGGGAGCGAGCAGCCUGGAUGUGGAGGGGCACGAGCAAAGUACGGGUCACUGAGGUCACCAAGGUACUGAAGGACUCAGCUCAGAGGGCCCACAAGACACCGUGCUGGUUGGUGAAGCACAAGGAUGUGGAGGCACUGCUGGGGGCUCCCUACGGUUCCUACGUGGCCUCCAACCUCCUGGAAAUGUGAGCUGGCCGUCUUUCACUCAUUCAGCCUGGAACAGCUGGCCCAACAAGCGACAAAAAUGUAGUACUACAAAAUGGCCUUCCAUUAUGGGGAUGAGGAAGAGGAAAGAGUCUGUGGUCACCCUUCUAGGACCUUUGCAGGAGAUCCCAAGGGAAGUGUCAGGUAGAGUGUUACACUGAGAAGGAGAUUUUCCAUCUUUGCAGCUUUCACAGAAAGAUUUAAAAUGAAUUCUGUCCCCAACCCAGAUUGGUUGUUAGUUUGGUUGAUUUAACACGGGAAGAGACUUAAUUAUAAAGACACCUCAGCACCGGAUGCGGAAAAUAUCCCAAGUGGUUUCCUUCCUCCUUUAUUCUAGAGACAAAUUGCUAACAACUUCUCACUUCUGAUGGAGUAGGACAUUCCUCACUCCUUUCCCAUUUUGGAACAUACUACAGCAAAGUCCCAGAAUAUCCACAAAAUAACAAUUGCUGUUUAAAAUAAUAGUGAUAAUUUAAAAAAAAAACAGGGAUAGGAAAAGACUGGAGAUUAUCCAUGGGACCCAAACUACAUAUAUUGAUCUGCCAGCUGAUGCCUGCAAGCUAGGGAGGGGAAUAGCUGUCAGUUUAGCUUUCACCAGAACUUUUUAGAACCUCAUGUGCUUUCCUGCUUGAAUAUGAUGGAAAUUGCCCAUUUUGGUAAAUCCUUAGAAAACAAAUGCAAAGAAACCCUGCCCCAUGCCACAGUCAAUAUGUACAGUUACUCUCAGCACUAAAAGGACUAUCCUAUAAUGUUGCUCCUCAAAGUCUCCUUAUUCUGCAUCCAUACAGUAGAUAUGACAACUGUCAUUCAACACUAUUACAGUUGAAAUACCCUCUAGGGAUUCAAACCUAGAGGUUUUAGAGUUAAGCAUUCAAAGGCCUAGCCCUGCAUGGAUGGCUCUGCCAACUUCAGUUUCUCUUACAUUCAAAAUGUCAAAAUCUGGCAUUCUUUUCUAUCCUGAAUACGAAGCAGCCUGUGGAUGUUGGCAAAUGCUGGCAAGAAACAAAAGGAAGCAAAGCUCUUACUCAUCUCUGGUGGAAGCUGAGCCACAAACCUGGCUCUUAAAGGCAGCAGGAGCGUUGGCAGCAUGCACCUCCAAGCCCUCAGGAGGAAAACAAGGCAUUAGACCUGGGUUGCUUCGGAUUAGGAGGGCUGAAAACUGCACAGAGUUUGGAGCCCCCUAGAAUAAAGGGUAGUCAUCCCAGAAAGGAUAGGCAACUGUCACACUGUCUAAGCCAAAGUUGUACAGCUUUGACGCAAUGGCUAAGGAAAGC